GUAUUAACUUGGAUUCAGCUAAAUAUUACGUUCUGUCUAUUAAUUACAAUAACUUCACAAUUCGAGUAGUAGAUGCCCUUAUCCAAAAGGAUAACUGCUCCUCCUUUCCUCGCCAUUCUUUGAACCUUUUCCGUGAUGAGGCUGAGUACAAUAAGAGCAUAUUUUACGUUUUAUCUGCCAGAAGCUUACGUUUAUGAGGCUGAGUACAAUAAGAGCAUAGUUUUGGUAAACUGUGAACAUCGAAUACUGGAUUCUCAACUUUAUGUGGAUACUCAUCCUUGCAUCAAUAGCACGUAUUAUUCAGGUUAUUGGUAUAUAAUGCUUGUCUCUCGCUCUACUUCUGUGAUGGAUUUGGUGGAUUCUUGCCGUGUUGAGCAGAUAGUUAUGGCAUCUUUUCUGCCAAAAGAAGAGAUGGACAUUUCAUAUCUGGAUAUUCACCGCAUUAUGUCAUAUGGGUUUGAGAUUUCAUGGUUUAGGGCUUGCUGUGACAACUAUCAGGAAACCGCUGCAACCUAGACAUUGCCAACAUUACGAAUUACUGUUAUGGUACGUUUCAUUUCCAUGGACUCCAUUUCAAGUUGGGUUUGAACGGUUAUUAUGAUUGUAAAUCAGUUCUGGUUCAAAUCUGAAUUGUGACCAAGACUAAUUAGGACUCAUUCAACCAAUAAAAAAUUGCGUUUUGGGUGAUCUUUUUUA